AUGUCUGCCAAAAACGUACAAGGAGGUCCCAAUGGCAAGCGGACCUCUCCCGCCGUGAACCUGAUUGCUGGAGGUGGUGCCGGUAUGAUGGAGGCUCUCGUGUGUCACCCUCUUGACACAAUUAAGGUCCGCAUGCAGCUUUCACGGAGAGCUCGCGCUCCUGGUGCCAAGCCUCGCGGUUUCGCCGCCACCGGUGCCGAGAUUGUGCGCAAGGAGACCGCCAUGGGUCUAUACAAGGGUCUGGGUGCCGUGCUGGGUGGUAUCGUCCCCAAGAUGGCCAUUCGAUUCACCUCAUAUGAGACAUACAAGGGCUGGCUCGCCGACCCAGAGACCGGCGUCGUCACCAGCAAGGCUACUUUCCUUGCUGGUCUCUCUGCUGGUGUCACCGAAGCUGUCGCCGUCGUUACCCCCAUGGAGGUGAUCAAGAUUCGCCUGCAAGCGCAACACCACUCUCUUGCCGAUCCCCUCGACGCCCCCAAGUACCGCAGCGCUCCUCACGCCCUCUUCACCGUCGUCAAGGAGGAAGGUUUCAUGACCCUGUACCGCGGUGUCUCCCUCACAGCCCUGCGCCAGGGUACCAACCAGGCUGCCAACUUCACUGCAUACACCGAGCUCAAGUCCCAGCUGCAGAAGCUGCAGCCCGAAUACGCCAACACCCAGCUCCCCUCCUACCAGACCACCCUCAUCGGUCUCAUCUCCGGUGCCGUUGGUCCCUUCUCCAACGCUCCCAUCGACACCAUCAAGACCCGUCUCCAAAAGACCCGCGCCGAACCGGGCCAGUCCGCUGUUACCCGUAUCAUGGUUAUUGCCAAGGAUAUGUUCAAGCAGGAGGGUGCUCGUGCUUUCUACAAGGGUAUCACCCCUCGUGUGAUGCGUGUUGCUCCCGGUCAGGCUGUGACUUUCACCGUGUACGAGUUCCUUAAGGGCAAGCUGGAGAAGUCCACCUUGCCUUUCGUGGGAGGUCAGUUUGAGGAAUAA